AUCAAGUUAGAGCCAAAUAAAAAGAGCUGCUGGUCUGUCACGGCGCACACACAAUUUGUCGUGAGGGAAAGGCAGGCGUCGGCGGCCACCCUGAGGCUCGGAGCAGCGUGGAGGGUGCGCCAGCGUCGUGCGCCACAGAGCCCGGUCGGGGGCUGGAGUGUCAGUGUAUGGCAUGGAGGAGCCGUCAACGGAUCUCUGGCUCAACUGCACCGUCCGCCUCAUGGAGGCGGACGCCGAGCUGGAGGCGCCGCUGCCCCGCUUUGGCGUUUUUGACCCCAUGGAAAAUUCAUCCUACCUUCUACGCACGCUGAAUGCGUCUUCACAGGUGCUGAUGGCCAUUUUGUCGCCACUGCUGGACGACGAAGACAACAGUCUGCACCCGGUGCGGAAAAAAGCUCUACUCCAGUUCAUGAGCGACUGCUUGUACCCUGCACAGCAGCGACCCUUCGCCCUGCCGUGGUGGCAGAAGACGGCGUGGAGCGUCGUUUUCGGCGCUAUGCUACUCGUCGCCGUCGGAGGCAACACGAUAGUUAUGUGGAUCGUUCUCGCACACCGACGCAUGCGUUCGGUGACCAACUACUUCUUAGUGAAUUUGAGCGUUUCCGACCUGCUGAUGGCACUGCUAAACUGCAUCUUCAACUUUAUCUACAUGAUCGACUCGGACUGGCCCUUCGGUGCCACAUACUGCACGGUCAACAACUUUGUGGCCAACGUGACCGUGGCCGCGAGCGUCUUCACACUUGUGGCCAUCUCGUUCGACCGGUACGUGGCCAUUGUGAAGCCACUCAAGAGGCGUAUGCGGAAACGCUGGGCGCUCUUCACUGUGCUCUCCAUCUGGUUUCUCAGCUCGUUGCUCGCCCUGCCACCUUUGCUCUAUUCAACCGUCUAUACCACCAGAUACUCGAAUGAUGAAACGCGCACUCUUUGCUACCUCGUCUGGCCCGACGGCGUCUCCCCUCGAUCCAGAUUGGACUACGUGUACAACAUCGUGUUUUUGACGCUGACGUACCUGUUGCCCGUCGCAGCGAUGGCCCUCUGCUACUGGAAAAUGGGUCGCGAGCUGUGGGGCACGAACGAGGUAACGACGCAGCGGCAGAUGGCGCGGCGGAGGGUGGUUCGCAUGUUCCUCAUGAUCGUCUGCAUUUUCGCCGUGUGCUGGCUGCCCUACCACGGCUACUUCAUCUACGCUUACCACUUCCGCGAGAUUGCAGCUUCCAGUUACGUGCAGCACUUGUACCUCGCCUUCUAUUGGCUCGCCAUGGCCAACGCAAUGGUCAACCCCCUCGUGUACUACUCCAUGAACCACAGGUUCCGAGCUUACUUCCGGAGGGUGGUGUGCUGCGCUCCGAAACUGCCCGUCGACCCUCCACGGCCGGCCGCUGCAACCCCGGUGAGGUGGAACCGCAGCACCCAAGAGACCCGAUUGAUCCACAAUGGUGCUAACAAUUCUUGACGAAGGGUGGUCGACGGCUACCUUGAGGUGGCUGUGUGAGCUCAAUGUCUGUGUUGCGUUCUUUGCUUUUACAAAUAUGUGCUGGCGUGCAUAGGUGAUAAGAUUUUUGUGAUGUUUUUAAUGAUGAAAAGUGAAUAAAAGUGAUUAUCACUUGUAUGUGAUAUAUGUAUUUUGCUGGAUAA